UGGCAACCCUAUACAUAUCGCUUUUUAUUUUUAUUGAAUAUUUUGUGGGAAAUACCAGUUUUAUAUAUACAUAGGAAACUUCCUCUAAGAAUGCAUUUAUGCGACUUGUUACUGCAAGGGAGCACUUGAAUUGAUUUAAGAGUCCCGUUAGAAGUUAGUAACUAUAAAUGUGAUGGCAGUUUGAGUUUAAUCUCAGAAGACAAUGUGACAAAUAAAUAUAUUUUUACCGUUGUUAAAUUUAUUUUGUUGCUUUCUAUUUGAUAAUAGAGUCUUUCGUGUAACAAAGUUCAUCGAAUCGUUAUAAAGGCCUUAUUUUACGAAUCCAAGUAUACACUGGUCAUCAUGAAUUCUUCCAAGAUUCAGAAGAUGAUAAAGCUUGCUACACAAUAUCAACAAAAUUGUUACGAAUAUCUUCCCGAUUGGUUGCAAUACAAUUAUAAUGAAGAGAAAUAUAUAAUGCAAAAUAUUCAAUUUGCACUUUGUGGCCCUCCUAUAAAUGCAGAAGGCAACGAACUAGUUAAUAAAAAAGAUAUCGAUAAGAAAACAUAUGAAAGUGUUACUGCAGUAUAUAAGCAGAUAAUAGAAUAUGGCAGAGAAGAUAAUAAUAAUCCCAUUUAUGUUGGAAUAAUAUAUAAUGUAAUAUUCCCUGACGAAUUGAAGAGCAACAAUAACGAAUCUACAGAAAUGAUCGAUGAAAUAUGGGCUGUACCAGUGUUUAAAAUAAAAAGAAAAAUGAAUACUAUAUGGUAUAUUGACAAUAGUGGUAGAAUAUAUCAAAGCUGGAAUGAUUACUUAAGUAAUAAUACAUUACCCAAGACUGUUAUGAUUGUACCAAAAAAUGGUUUUUAUCAGCAUGAUCCACAGUAUAAAAUCACAAAACAAUCUUCAGUCGUAUGGACUGAAAUGUUACAAUCACCCGCUUGUUCAAUUAAAACUAAAUUUCUUAAAGUUAUUGAUACUGCUACUAGCGCGUUAAGUCUUACCACAGCUGCCACACUAGGGGUUACAUCUUUGGUCACCCCUGUUGGACCUGUAUUAGCAGGUGCAGGCCUAAUCACUUGUGGUGUAAAUGGACUAUGGACCAUCGGUCGAAGUUCUCAACAGUUAGUCGAUCGCCAUUUACACAAAGAAUCCAUCAGCCCCAUAAAUAAAAAUGCAUUACCUGCGUGGCUUGGUCUAACUGGCACAGCUUUAGCAUUAGGAGCAAAUAGCGGGGCCAUGUUUCUGUCGAAAGCUAUCGAAAAAGGUAAUCAUAUAAGCAAUGUAACUAAAGUGGUAUAUAAUUCAGUGGUAAUAAGUAAUUUGACGGUUAAUGGGAUAGGUAUAGCUUAUCAAGGCUAUUCAUUAAUUGACAAAUAUCGCGAGAAAAAAGAGGUUGAUCUUUAUGACGUGAUGAUGUUUAGUUCUCACGUUUUAUUCUUCAGCAAUACAGUAAUAAAUUCCAAAUUAUCUGGUGAACUCAUAGGAUCGUCUAAUGGUACCAUUCUUGAGAGAUGUAAAAACGCUUUGCGUUUCAAACGCUUCCGUGAAGAAUUUAAUAAAAUGAUGGGAUCAAGCGAAUCUAAUGAUAUAAUAUGUCCAGUCGUGACCGUUACUAAUAUAGUAGAUUUUCGAAACAUUUUCAAAGAUUUAAUAAUCUUCAAAAAUGGUAAAAUCGUGGUAGGCGGUGUAGAAUUAGUAGAUCCUAUUCAGCUCGCUGAACAUUUGUUGAAAGUAGGCAAGAUAGGACUCGAUUUGGUACAAUCUAAUCCAAGGGUAUAUCAAAAAACAUUGCUAGAGCUGAAAAAUUUGUUGUCGCGUCUAUUAAACAAUUUCUAUUCCGAUGAACAGACAACGUCAACGCAACCUACUCCAAACGCAAAAUCAAAUAAUGUAGAUUCCUUUAACGAUAUACUCGCAGACGUAAAGACUGUGAACAAUCCAACGAAUAUAUUGAAAAGAGUUUUUAAUAUUGCUUUAGUUGUAUUACGAUAUUGUAACGAUCCAAAAAUGUUUUUGUGUGAUGCUGUUCACUUUGUGUGGGAAUAUUGUAAGGCAAAUCUGAAAGGGUUUCGUAUAAACGCGUGUUCAACUUUGAGAACUAACGUCUCCAACAAUGCAUUAGCUGAGAUUGUUGAAUUUAUAUUCGACGUUAUAGAUGUCCUAAGUUAUGAACUGUAUUUAGCUUUUUAUUCAUACGUAUCAAAGAAAGAAAUAUGCAUGUAAGUAGCCUUUAAUAUCGUGUUUUAUAGAACAGAUAUUACUACAUGAGGUUGAAUAGAAGUAAAAUAUUUGUUACACUGUCGAAGUGCCUUAAAAGAAACUAUGAACAAUUGUAAUUAUCACAUUUGGAAUUAAGACGAGACUUUAUAUCGCGGUUCCCAAAAUGUACUAUUAUUAAUUUACAAAUGAAUGCGCUAAAUAGUUUUUCAUUUUCUGGUAAACUAUGCAAACUAAAUUUUCAUCGUUUUG